AUGACGCACGUCUCCCUGCACCGAUGUCGUUUCGUCGACUACACCCCCCCCCAGAUCACCUCUAUCGCAUUCACCCACCCCUCGACCCCAUCCUCCGCGCACCCCCCGCCACCGACGCUCCGCGCCGCAAUCGGCCGCACAAACGGCUCCAUUGAGAUCUGGAACCCGCUCGGCGGCUCCUGGCACCACGAGAGCACGCUCCAGGGCGGCCAGGACCGCUCCAUCGAGGGCCUCACCUGGGUGCAGGACCACGACGCCGCCGGGAAGGGCGCCCUGCGCCUGUUCAGCAUUGGGUACUCGUCUGUUGUGACGGAGUGGGAUCUAGCUGCGGGGCGGCCCAAGGCGCAUCUUGACUGCAACGGCGGUGUGAUCUGGAGCAUUGCUGCGCAGCCGCGCUGGGCCGGUGUGGAGGAGGAGGGUAGCGAGGAGGAGACCGCGCAGAAGAUCGUCGUGGGCACGGAGGAUGGUGCGUUGACGGUGGUGUCGACGGCCGGCGGCGCAAUGACGUAUGUGAGGGGUCUGAUGAGGGUUGGCACGUCGAAAUCGAGGGUGCUGUCGCUCGUCUGGAAGGACCGGUAUACGGUGGUUGCGGGGAUGGCGGACUCGACGAUCCGUGUGUGGGAUGUGAGGUCCGGAAGGUCGACAUCGAGGAUGUCGCUGAAUAAGGAAAAAGGCAGAGAGGUCCUGGUUUGGUCGGUGAAGGUACUGCCGAAUGGGGAUAUUGUCUCGGGAGACUCGAGGGGUGAGGUCUGCUUCUGGGAUGGGAAGAACUACACCCUCCAGCAGAGAAUCAAGAGCCAUGAGGGAGACUGCUUAGCAGUUGAGGUUGGCGGGAUCAAUGGCGAUACGGUCAUCUCUGGUGGUGUCGACAUGCGCACUAUUGUCUACAAGCACAUUGGUGGUGCAAGACGGUGGGGACAGACCGCGAGGAGAAGAUUCCACAAGCACGAUGUGAGGGCAAUGGCUGCCUAUGAGUGUGGCAAGUUUAGUGUCGUCCUUUCUGGAGGUGUCGACAUGACCCCCAUCGUUAUCCCCUUGCGCCAGUUCGCUGCAGAGCAUCAAUUGGCGCUUCCUGCGAUCCCCCAGACACCAAUAGUCACUACGGUUCCGGAACACCGCUUGAUGAUGUCCUGGUGGGGACGGGAAAUCAAGAUCUGGCGGAUCGAAGAGCUAGAUGGAGACGAGAUGUACCCUCUCACCGACCAGGAAGAGGAGCGCGGUAGAAAAUUAAUUAGUCGUAUUAUGCUUAAUAACGAAGAGAACCUUACAUCAGCGGCAAUCACUCCUGUCCCCGAAAGCGAAGACUUCGUUCUCGCAAUCUCAACAAUUGCCGAAAUCAAGCUCUUCCAUCUCAAGUCCAGCUCCUCCGAAGCUCUUCGAGUCCGAAAAAUCACGAUACCCACUACCCUAACCCUCGAGACCUCCGAAGAAGAUGAUGAGUCCGACGACGAGCCCGACGAAAUCGAGCUCGCAAAAGAAGGCGCCAGACUCAUCAAGUUCUCUCCAAACGGCAAAUCACUUCUAGUGAUCACCCCCGACUCGCGGAUUCUCACAGUAGCCCUCACCAUCUCCGGCGGUAAAGCACCCGUGUCAUUUACUGGCAGCGUACACGAGCUCGAGCGACAAGACCGCCCAAGCCCAGCAGUCAGCAAACAGCUAGUCCACAACUCCCAACAGAACUCCAAGAAGGGCAAGAACAAGAAGCGCCGGGUUGACGAAGGCUCCCUCCACCCCUACGACCGUACCAUCAACCGUGCUGCUUUCUCAAGCAACAGCAGCAUCCUCGCCGUCGCCGACCUCAGCGGCUGGAUUGACACCUUUGUCUUCAAAUCCGGUGUCUGGUCUGCCAACGAGAACGGCAUCACACUCCCCAAGCUCAAAUCCGCCGCCGCAGCGAUGGAAUUCCGCCCCUACGUACCUCCCAGCACACCCCCCCAACUCACAAUCACCGAGAAGGGCGUCGAGGUUGAAGAGCUCCCGGUGUCCCGAACCCCAGACGAAGAAGACCGCCUCCUUGUCGUCACCGCAAAAGACAACCACAUCCUCGAGUUCAACAUCCUCCAAGGACGCCUCUCCGACUGGUCACGCCGAAACCCCUCCGAGCGCCUCCCGCACGAGUUCAGGAUACAGAAAGACCGCGCCGCCGGCAUCGUCUGGGAGGUCUCCUCGCCAGGGAACGUACGAGCUUGGAUCUGGGCGACGUCAUGGGUAUGGAUGUUUGACCUCUCCCAAGACCUCCCCGCCACAGAAGCAGUCGAGGAAGUCACCGGCCAGAAGCGAAAACGCGACGCAAACGGCAGCAUCAAAGCGCCCAGCGAAUACGCCGUCAAGGGUGAGAGCGGAGCCGGUGACAAAGUCCUCCUCGGCCAAUCCCGUGGUCUCAUCUUCUCUACCUCCGCAAAGUCCGAGCAUCGCGGUAUCACCUCCGACGAUGAGGACGACGACGAUUCUGAGAUCCCCUUCAAGCUCAUUCGCGACAAUGAUGAGGACGAUGAGAAAGAGGAUGAUGAUGAGAACCUGCUGAGUAAUGGCGAUAACAAGAAGCUCGCAAAGCCGCAGCGGAAUAAGCCGUUCUGGAGAACAAACCGGUACAGAAACCUCAUGGCCUUCCUGCCCGUCGGCAGAAAAGAUGAGUUCACGUGGGGACCAUCCGGAGACCGCAUUGAGGCCAUGGAGAUGGUUGUAGUGGAGAGGCCCAGCUGGGAUAUGGAGAUGCCGCCGAGGUUUUAUCAGGGGACUGCUUAG